AUUUACCAUCAAAUUUGAUUAACCAAACCAAAAGAUGUCACCAUUUACCUUUAAUCAAUUUUUCAUUCAACUCUUUUCCACAAGUGAUUAGCUAAUUGUGGCCCAUUAACUUUGUCUCUACCCCCAAUUGGUUAAAUGUUUUGUUUUGUCUCUCAAAUAAUCAAAAUUAUCUCACUGGGAUAUCUCUCAACAAUCAACAAGAAUCAAUUUGAAAUAACCAUUACAAACAAUUACAUGCAAGUUGAAUUGCAACAAUUAACUAGAUAACAUUAAUUGUGACAACUCGCAACUUGGAACAAUUAAAUCAAUCGUAGAGUUAAUUGUUCGCCACCAUUUAAAUUUCGCUCUUACGAUCAAAAGUGUUUCCAAAAAUGAAAAUUUCGGUUGCGUAUUUGUUGUUGUUUACAUUUGGAUCUGUGACUCAGAUGUUUGGGAAGCUUCAUCUUCAUCAUCAUCUUUUAUCAUCUUGGUUAACGCCUCGAGUUUUCUGCUUCUUCAGGUCAUGAAGCUUAAAGAGAAGAAAAAUCUAAAUUGUUAUUCUCUUCUAAUCUUCUAAAUUUCAUUCUCCAUGUGAAUCAAUCUAAUCAAGAAAAUGAUCUGUGUUAUUUUCUCUUCAUCACAAUCAACAUCAUUCUGUUGAUAUUUUCUAUUCUCUUUCUUCACUAGUCUUUUCUUUCUUUCUCUUUCUCUCUCUGUCUAAAUUCUAACAAAUACAAAAGGCCUUCAGUGAUUUACUGUUAUUUUCUAUCAUCAAACGUAUAUUCUCUGUCUAUUGUUAAUCAUCAUCUAUAUAACUCAUCAUUUUCCCCUCAUCAUCCAACAUCAAAAUCUUUCCGAUAUUAUUGUUAAUCCAAACCGUUAAUUCUUAUGCCGGUUUCUGUGAUGGAUAAAAAACCCACCGAGGAUAAAGAAGUUCUUAAAAAUUGUGAAGAAGAAGAUGAAGAGGCCGAACAUUGUGACCAUGAGCCUGGUCUUGAAUUUGAUGAUUCAGAUCUUUUACACACCAAACCUCAAGAUUUAAAUGAAAUUGCUGAUACUCUGGAAAAUGACACAGUUGAUUAUCAAUUCAUGAUGCUGGAUGGAAAAUCAAAUCCAAUUCUUUACCUUGAAUCACCGGAUGAACUAAUGGAAGACAAUUUUGAAGAGGCUUUUAGAGAUGCUUUACUUUCCGAUGAUAUUUCCGAUCUUGACAAAGAAAUUGGACCUGGUGAAGAUUUCAGUGAUAUCGCCAAACAUGGGAUCGUUGAAGUGGUUGGCGAUGAUGUUUAUGGCCGAAAGGUGAUAACCAUUUACGCCUGUCGAUUACCAUCAAAUAAAAGUCUGGAUUUUAAUCACUUGUUAAAAUAUCUGAUGUACACAUUAGAUCAAUACGUUGAAAAUGAUUAUACUCUUGUUUAUUUCCAUUAUGGUUUAAAUAGCACCAACAAGCCGCCAUUAUCUUGGCUUUGGCAAGCCUACAAAGCCGUAGAUAGGAAAUAUAAGAAAAAUCUAAAAUCUCUUAAUCUAGUUCAUCCCACAAAUUUUAUUCGUAUCGUUUGGAAAAUAUUUAAACCAGCAAUUAGUGUUAAAUUUGGACAAAAAGUUAGAUAUGUCAAUUACCUUGAAGAACUUGAACCUCAUCUUCAUCUCGAACAACUUCUUAUACCUAAAGAAGUGAAAGAACAUGAUAAAAGAUUAGUCGAAGCGGCGAAGAAAAAAUCUUGGUUUAAUGGACCUUCAUCAAGAUCAUUCCAGAAUUUAACUUCAUCAACUCUUUUGGAAAGUCAACAAUUUAGAGUCUCAUUAAAGUACAUCAAAGAGCAUAAUAAUGGUGACAUAAUUCCCCGAGUGGUUCAUAGUUGUAUAUCUUAUCUUAAUAAUGAGACCGCUCUACAAACGGAAGGUAUUUUUCGUCGAUCUCCAAACGUAAAACUGGUCAGUGAUGUUCAGACAUUAUUCAAUCAGGGAAAAGAAGUUAAUUUCGACGAUUAUGGUGAAUCAAGUGUUCACGUUGCUGCUGUUAUACUCAAAUCAUUUCUCCGAGAAUUGGAAGAACCUUUGCUCACAUUUGAUCUUUACGACGAUAUCAUCGAUUUCCAGCAAAUAUCCUCAGGCGGUCAUUUACAAAUUGAGAAAUUGGCUGUUGCUAAAUCGCUCAUAUUACAACGACUUCCUGAAGACAAUUACAAGCUUCUCAAAUUUUUGGUUGAAUUUCUGGUCAAAGUGAUGGACCGAAGUAAUUUGAAUAAAAUGACCGCUUCAAAUUUGGCAAUCGUUUUUGGACCUAAUCUACUUUGGUCGAUUAACAAACAAGCUUCAUUAACAUCGAUCACCAAUAUUAAUCAUUUCACUGAAUUUCUACUGAAACAUCAUGAUGUGAUUUUUGUUAGAUAAGAAAACAAAUUGAUCGCCAUUGAUUAAUUUAAAUCAACCAAGUUGACAGAAGAAACUGACAAAUGAAACAAAAACGUACAGAAUUAAAUUCAAUCAAUUGCGAUUAUUUUUGCUUUGUAAUAAUUCACAAUUUAAUCCAUUUGAUUUAGAUUAUAAUACAUAUUGUUUUUUUU